AUGGGCUGCGCACUGCGCGGCAAGCUUUAUCUGUUAAGAAGGCGACAAACUGAACCCGGUGCUUGCCAUAUCUUUGGACGGGGUGUGCCACUCUGCCCUGUCCCACAUGUGGAGCUCUCUCCCUCUGGGCCUUGGAAAAGACGAGUGCAGGAACAAAUCUCCAUGUCCCCUCGGGUUAUCUGCGCAGAUGGGAAACACGCGUCGGAUGCCGAGUCAGGAGAGGAGGAUGACUGGGAGACACAGCUGGAGCAAGGCGCCCUGAAGCAGAGUUUUGGCACUGUUCAGGGUGUGGGUGGUGAACAUGAACUGGGGCAACACCGAAACGUUCCAAGGUGGUCGGACGUCAUCCUUGGAGAAGAUGAAGAACUUGAAACAGAGCCGGGGCCAGCCUGUGAUCCCAGCAAGCCGAGGCCACGAACGACCACAGCUGUUGCUCGCCGCCUCCUUGCUCAUGCUCUGAACAAGCCUGAGUUAAUCGCACGAGGCGAGGAGCGGGAGCUCCAGGUGCUGCGAGACCGCAACAAGCAAGCAAGAAAGGACCGCAGAGAGCAGUUGGACUCGGUCUGGGGGGAGAAUUAA